CCUAGUGCUCAGGGUUGGGGCUGGAGUCGAAGCCCUGGACGCCAGCACGUCCACCACCGCCUGAGCUUAAGGAGGAGCCGAGGACCGGUAACCGGCGACAGAGGGCCCGGGACAGGACUGGGCAACCACUUGGGCAUCAAACACUGGAGUGGAGCAAAUGCUGUCCAUGGAGCUGGUGGACAAGGCAGGCAGGCGGUGGUGAUGGCACAGUUUGACACAGAGUACCAACGGCUGGAGGCCUCCUACAGUGACUCACCUCCUGGAGAAGAGGACCUGCUAGUGCAUGUCCCUGAGGGCAGCAAGUCACCUUGGCAUCACAUUGAAAACCUUGACCUCUUUUUCUCUCGGGUCUAUAACCUGCACCAGAAGAAUGGCUUUACCUGCAUGCUCAUUGGAGAGAUCUUUGAACUCAUGCAGUUCCUCUUUGUGGUGGCCUUCACCACCUUUCUGGUCAGCUGUGUGGACUAUGACAUCCUCUUUGCUAACAAGAUGGUGAAUCACAGUCUGCACCCCAGUGAUCCUGUCAAAGUCACAUUGCCAGAUGCUUUUCUGCCUGCCCAGGUUUGCAGUGCUAGAAUCCAAGAGAACGGCUCCCUUAUCUCCAUUCUGGUUAUUGCUGGUGUCUUCUGGAUCCACCGACUCAUCAAGUUCAUCUACAAUGUUUGCUGCUACUGGGAAAUUCAUUCCUUCUACCUGCAGGCGCUGCGCAUACCUAUGUCCACACUUCCAUAUUGCACUUGGCAAGAGGUGCAGGCGAGGAUCGUGCAGACACAGAAGGAGCACCAGAUCUGCAUCCACAAGCGGGAGCUGACAGAGCUUGACAUCUACCACCGCAUCUUACGCUUCCAAAACUACAUGGUGGCGCUUGUCAACAAGUCACUCCUGCCACUGCGUUUCCGGCUGCCUGGCCUGGGAGAAGUCGUGUUCUUCACUCGUGGCCUCAAGUACAACUUUGAGCUCAUUCUAUUUUGGGGGCCUGGCUCCCUGUUUCUUAAUGAAUGGAGCCUUAAGGCUGAGUACAAGCGAGGUGGUCAGCGUCUGGAGCUGGCCCAGCGGCUCAGCACCCGCAUCCUCUGGAUUGGCAUUGCCAACUUCCUGCUCUGCCCCCUCAUCCUGAUCUGGCAGAUUCUCUAUGCCUUCUUCAGCUACACAGAAGUGCUGAAACGGGAGCCGGGAGCCCUGGGUGCCCGCUGCUGGUCCCUCUAUGGUCGGUGCUACCUUCGUCACUUCAAUGAGCUGGAGCACGAGCUGCAGUCACGCCUCAGUAGGGGCUACAAGCCAGCUUCCAAGUACAUGAACUGCUUUCUUUCUCCACUUCUCACGCUGCUGGCCAAGAAUGGCGCUUUCUUUGCUGGUUCCAUCCUGGCGGUGCUCAUCGCCCUCACCAUCUACGAUGAAGACGUGCUGGCUGUAGAGCAUGUGCUCACAACUGUCACGCUCCUAGGAGUUGCUGUCACUGUCUGCAGAUCGUUCAUACCCGAUCAGCACAUGGUGUUCUGCCCAGAGCAGCUGCUUCGAGUGAUCUUGGCUCACAUCCACUACAUGCCUGAUCACUGGCAGGGCAAUGCCCACCGCUCGCAGACCCGUGAUGAGUUUGCACAGCUUUUUCAGUAUAAGGCAGUAUUCAUUGUAGAGGAGCUGCUGAGUCCCAUCGUCACUCCCCUCAUCUUAAUCUUCUGCUUGCGCCCACGUGCCCUGGAAAUAAUCGACUUCUUCCGAAACUUCACUGUGGAAGUUGUCGGAGUUGGGGACACCUGCUCUUUUGCUCAGAUGGAUGUUCGACAGCAUGGUCAUCCUCAGUGGAUGUCUGGGGGCCAGACAGAGGCCUCAGUUUACCAGCAAGCAGAGGAUGGGAAGACAGAGCUGUCGCUUAUGCACUUUGCCAUCACUAAUCCUGGCUGGCAGCCACCUCGUGAGAGCACAGCCUUCUUGGGUUUCCUCAAGGAACAGGUUCAGAGAGAUGGAGCUGCAGCUGGAGUCCCUCCAGGGGGACCCCUUCCUGAAAAUGCCCUCUUCACUUCUAUCCAGUCCUUACAGUCUGAGUCAGAGCCACUAAGCCUGAUUGCCAAUGUGGUGGCAGGUUCAUCAUGCCGAGGCCCACCACUGCCCCGGGAGCUGCAGGGUUCCAGGCAUCGGGCUGAAGUUGCCUCUGCCCUUCGUUCUUUCUCUCCAGUGCAACCUAGCCAGGCCCCUACAGCCCGAGCACCUGGUACUCUGAGUGGCUCAGGGGUGGAUGCCCGGACAGCCAGUUCUGGAAGCAGCGUGUGGGAGGGGCAGCUGCAAAGCCUCGUACUAUCUGAGUAUGCUUCCACAGAGAUGAGCCUUCAUGCCCUCUACAUGCACCAGCUGCACAAACAGCAAGCCCAGGCAGAACCAGAGCGGCAUGUAUGGCACCGACGAGAGAGUGAUGAAAGUGGGGAAAGUGCCCCUGAAGAGGGGACAGAGGGCUCCCGGGCACUUCCCACGCUCCCUCGCUCUGCCAGCUACCCUUGUGCUGCCUCUCGGCCUGGAGCCCCAGAGACCACUGCCCUGCAAGGGGCCUUCCAACGACGCUAUGGGGGGAUCACAGAUUCUGGCACUGUGCCCCGGGCUCCCUCUCAUUUCUCCCGCCUCCCCCUUGGGGGAUGGGCAGAAGAUGGGCAGUCAGCAGCAAGGCACCCUGAGCCUGUGCCGGAGGAGGGCUCUGAGGAUGAGCUGCCACCCCAGGUACACAAGGUGUAGCCAAGGCUGAGGAAGGCCCAGGGCCUCAUUGAACAGAAGCUGUCCUUGCCUACCACAUGGCUGAGAUCAGCUGAAUGGGAGGACUGCCUGGCUCUGUGCUGUUUGUCUGAGCAGGGCCAAGGGAGGUGCCAACUCUAGUUCCAGCGAGUGGAAGGCUGGCCCUGGCAGCUGGAGGGCCUGGGGACACUGGACACUGGCUUUGUCCCCACCACUGGGCCCUGACUGCUGGCCCCACACCCCCAUCCUCUCCAAGUGUGGUGCUAGGAACCAGCCCCAAGUCCCGGCCACAGCACUGCCACCUCUCCCCUGCUGCUACCUGCCCUGCCAAGGCUUCCUUCCCUGACCUGCCCAGACCAUGCCAACUGGGGUGCCCGUGCCAACCGUGAGGAGGCUGUGCCUAGGCCCUCCCCUUCUUCAUUUCGGUCAGAGGAGGGGAGCUGAGUGAUCGAGGAAUCUUCCUGCCCUCUCUCCUGGCCCUGCCUGCUCCCCUGCUCCCCCGGGCUUGUGUGUUUGCCCCUGCUGGGGCUUGGCUUUUGCUUUGCACAGCUCCCUCUGGCCAAGACCGGCCCUCGAGAAGCUGGGGGAGGGCUCUGUUUUGUUUUGGGUUUUUUUUUUUUUUAAUUGCAGGAGCAGGACUUUGGAGCUCCUGACUUCCUAGGGUUUGGCCCUCCGUCCUUCAUAGAUGGGCCCCUCGGAGUCUACCGUAGGUCCUUCCAUUCUAAGCCCUGCUGCUACUGGUCGCCCCCUGCCCAGCUCCACGCAAUCUACUGCUUGGGAAGUGGGGCAGGCUCUGCUCCAGGAUUCUGACUACUCACCAGGACUACAAUUCCCAGCGUGCAGCGCGCAGGGGUGGGGUCGCUGCUCCCCUCCGGCCCCUCGCUGGCGCGUUGCAUGCUGGGAGUCAAAGUGUCGCUACGCCAGGCACCUGUAACCACCGACCGAUUUGUCAUGGUGACUUUUGGGUUCGGCGUGGCGGAGCUCGCCCUGUAGGGCCGUGUACAGGUGGACGGCGUUGAAUAAAAGAGGGACUUUGAUUCGGU